AUCGUGAGUGGCUUACGACACUCAGUGAACACAAGGUGCUUCUGCAUGCACUGCCAGCGCACAACUCUGCUGUAAAGGGAGGGGAGCCUUUAUUUGAAGAAGCCGGCUUCUCUUCUGAGCAUCACCUCCCAGUAAAGUGAAUAAUCUAUAAGAAAGAAUGAAAAAUGUAGAAAGGGGCUAAAACACAAAAAAGAAAAGAAGGAACCCUCGCUGCAUUCUCAGACAGUCACUGAAUGAAUAGCAAGCUGUCUCCGAGGAUUUAAGGUCGCCCUGGUCACUGGUCACUUCAAGUGAUGGACAGUAAUUUGUGUUGACAGAUUGGAGGACUCAUUCGCAGAAAAGAGUUUUAAGGACUUUUUCCCUCCCUCUGAUCAUCACAUAGAGACAGGAGAGAGAGGAUAAAGCUCAUGCAUACAACCAGGGAAACUUGCAGUUUCUACAAGUCAGCUGAAAGCUACUUGGAAUCCUCUUUCAGCUGAAGAGAACUAAGACAUUGUAGGCUUGCCAGAUUUGUGUGUGAACUGAAAAAGGGACUGAAUUUGUACCACAGUGGGGUCUUUCUCAGAGUCGCACAUAAUUAGACCCACAAAGAGAGCAGCUGAAUAGAGCUUGUGUCUCUGGAAAUGGGUGAGUAAGAAAUCCUUUCAUAUGGUUCAUGAAGAAAGCUUUUUUUAUCCUCUCCUUUCUCUUUGGUAUCUGACAUGAACAAAGUAAUUUGCCUUUUAUUACUAUUCAUUCUUUAAUUUUGUUGUUGUGGCAGGACUCCUCCUUGCUGAAAAGCAGAAAGCAUUUUGGAUGGGAGUUUAUAAAAAUGAUGUAGAAUUUCAAAGAUUCAAUGGACUUUUUCUCUGAUAGAUCUAGGAAUAUUCAUGCUAAUGGAUUUCCUUUUUAUUGGUCUAUACCUAAAGUGGCUGCUAAGAAAGCCCCCAGGAUUGAUACUGUGCACACUGGGCAUCUUUUUAAAAAUGUUUCCAGUUGCGGAGAGUAUGUGUCCGAAGAUGUGUCGGUGUGAUGGCAGGCUAUUAUACUGCGAGUCUUUGAAUUUGACAGAGAUACCUCGCAACCUCUCGGGUAUCAUGGGCUUGUCUCUGCGGUACAACAGCCUUUCAGAGCUGCGUGACGGACACUUUGUGGGGUUAAUGCAGCUCACAUGGCUCUAUCUGGAUCACAAUCACAUCUUCACUGUGGAGGAGAAUGCUUUCCAGAGGCUGCGCAGGAUGAAAGAGCUCAUUCUCAGCUCCAACAAGAUUGAGACCCUCCCCAACACCACUUUCAGCCCCAUGCCCAACCUGCGUAAUGUGGAUUUAUCUUACAAUAACCUACAGGUAUUGGAGCCAGAGCUUUUCCAUGGCCUUAGGAAGCUAACCACUUUACACUUGCGGUAUAACACACUCAAGUUUGUGCCAGUGAGGAUUUUCCAGGAUUGCCGUAGCAUGCAGUUUCUAGAUUUGAGCUACAACCAGCUGCAAAGCCUGGCUCGGAACUCUUUUGCAGGAUUGUUUAAGCUUACUGAGCUGCACCUUGAGCACAACAAACUGGUGAAAGUCAACCUCGCCCACUUCCCCAGACUUAUCUCCCUGAGAUCCCUGUACAUGCAUAGAAAUAAAGCAACCAUCGUGGUUAACACGCUAGACUGGACAUGGAAUUUUCUAGAAAAAAUAGACCUUUCAGGGAACGAGAUUGAAUACAUUGAACCUCACGUUUUUGAAGCUGUGCCUAACCUGAAAUCCCUGCAAAUAGAUUCCAACAGGCUAACCUACAUUGAUCAAAGAAUCUUAGACUCCUGGACAUCCCUCACCAGCAUCAGCCUGUCGGGGAACAUAUGGGACUGUGGCAGGAAUGUGUGUUCUCUGGCAUCCUGGCUAAGCAACUUCCAGGGCCAGCAUGAUAAUACCUUACUGUGCGCCACCCCUGAAUACACACAGGGUGAGGAUGUUCUAGAUGCUGUCUAUGCAUUCCAGCUCUGUGAAGAUCCAAUAGAUGUCACAGCCUAUACAGAUACAUACACAGCAACCAAGGAUAGGGAAGAUGUUUAUAGUGAUGAAGGACCCACCAUAACACCUUAUAACAUGCAGGAUAUAGAAGGGGAACUGGUGACUGAUUCAUUUACAGUGACAACGGUUAAUGAGAACCUUGAAAACACUAUGCACAUCCAUAAGGUAGUCACAGGGACAAUGGCGCUCAUUUUCUCCUUCCUCAUUAUUGUGUUGAUGUUGUAUGUUUCCUGGAAAUGCUUUCCUGCCAGCCUGCGACACCUGAGGCAAUGCUUCACCACAAAACGCCGCAAGCAGAAGCAGAAACAGACCAUGCAGCAAAUGGCUGCCACAUCUGCCCAGGAGUACUACGUAGAUUACAAACCCAACCACAUUGAGGGCGCUCUGGUCAUCAUUAAUGAGUACGGAUCUUGCUCCUGUCACCAACACCCAUCAAGAGAGUGUGAAGUGUGACGCAAUGCUGGAAUUAAAAUGAACAUUCUUUGCACUGCACUGCGUAGGACCAACAGAGACUGUGAAGAUGGAUUUACUGUUCUCAAAACAGCUGCUGAGGGACCUGUUGACGUGACGUGAGUGGGGCUGUGUAGUUUUUUUUGUUUGUUUGUUGGUUUCCCACAAAACAAAAAUGAAUAUUUGAGCUUUAAUGUGUCUUUCAACUUCAGGAUAUUUGAACAUCAAUGGACAGCUGAUCAGAAUUGUUAUUAUCCCUUCUGUGUAAAAUCUGUUAAGCAGACAUGCAUAAGUCAACAAAGAUGCAAGCUAUCCUAUUUCUUUUGUAAACUAAAAUGUUUAAAUAAAAUGUUAUUUACAGUAUCCUAGUCUUUAGAAGUUUUUAACUUAUAUGAGCACUUAUUAUUUCCACCAUCAUGAAAUACUGCUUUUGAAAUGGAAGGCUGGUGAAUUACUUUCUUAGUGCUGCCCUUGAUUUAAGUCUUUUUAACUGCAAUACAUUUCCAUAUGGGCAACUGCAAUCUAAAAAUGUUGGGGGGAUAUAGUGCAUCACAUUUUGAUAUUCUACUUAUCUUUGUAAAUUCAAUGAGAUGUACCCAUAUAAUGAAUUGAGAGCAUAAGUGGUGAAUCAUUUUUUUCCAAUUACAUCUCAAACAGAAGAACAUGUAAUCUACAAAAGUGAAGAUGCUUAUCUUGAAAUUUAGUAAUGUCAUGAUUGUGUCACAUAAUCAGGUUUACAUUAAUAUAAGCUGCCUCCUCACGGCAAGAGAAAACAAAACAAAACAGUUCAAUCAAUGAAAACAGAUAAUGGAUAUUACAUCUUGUUAUCUGGGCUUAAAAUCUAUUUUGCCUUAUGCUAGAAAAAGGCACACAUAAAUUCAG